AUGUUAAAAGAAGUAUUAAUUGCCGCAGUAAUUGUAGAGGUUGUGAAUGUUGCUUUUGUUCGAAGAGGAUGGCGUAGCAUUGGCUUGUUGCAGGGCAAUUUCGAGGAUGCCCGUUGCCGUUGUGUGUGCCCAUCCACAAAAUACUUCGCCGCUGAGAAUCGCUCAGUGAGUGACGAGCGGCGCUACUACACAAAAUCGAAUAUCAAUGCGCUCACUUGUAAUCCUCAAACGGUGGUCAAGCCGAACGUCCUGAACAUUGUGGAUGCUGCGCAUUUGGAUGCUUUUUUAGCCAACUGCGAUUGUAAGCAUGAAUCACGAAACACCGUGCUACUGAAAGUUGUUGUAAUAUUUGUAAUUUGCAUUGUCUUCGUGCUCGUCACUUACAUGCUUUUCCUGAUGUGCUUGGAUCCAAUGCUACGCAAACAGCGACAAUCAGUGCCCUAUAGGCAGCAGACGGAUGAGGUAUGUAAUUUUAACACGAUGCAACUGUAUUUCUUGUUCUCUUCUUCUGUUUGA